UCGUCUAAGAAAGAAUCGUGACUCAAGCGUCUGAAUAAUAAUCGUUCGAAUUCGGUUCCACACGAAAAUGAUGGAGAAACCCAAUCGUAUCGUGCUCUCGCUCCUCGUUUUAGCGAUCGUUGGAGUUCACUCUGCUUCCCAAAGUCUCGAUUCGAGCGAUGCCUCUUCCACAGUUGCAGAGCAGAGUGAUUCGUUUUUGGGAGCAGCGCCUGUCGCCCAAGAGGGUGUCAGAAGAAGGAGAACUCCUGGGGGAUCCAACGACUCCGACGAAAAGUUGACACGCAUAAAAGCAAUACUCAGAAGCUACGCAGUCGAACCUCAAGUACCGCCAGUCGAAACUCCAGAUCAAAGGGAACGGAGGCUGGCAGUCGGACGACUUAACCGAAGAAUUAACCAACUGAUGCAGGAUCAACGCUUGAAUUGGAAUGUUGCGGUCGCACAAGCAUAUGCAGAAAAUCGUGCGGAGUUCAACCAAUUGGAUGCACAACGUAGAAACUAAAGUCUUGGCAGUAUUCGAUCCAUUGUACUGUCAUUUUAACAAUUAUCAAGCUGAGAAUCUGUCGAAUAAUGAUCUUCAUUUAAAAAAUUAUAUUCCAAAAUCCUCUUAUGAAAUAAUCUCUGCAGCAGAUGAGUCUAUCAUUGUUUUACUAUGAUAGAGUCGAAUCUACAUUUUUCGUAACCGCGCUGUUAAGCAACGAUUACGAUUGUUACAGAAAAACUGCGUACAGGGCGAAUGCUUCGUUCUUUUUAUUAAUAAUAUCAAUAUACAGAUGCACUGAGAAAAAAAAAUUGUUGAUUCAACAGCAAUUGAUG